GGAUUAUUCACUGUAGUGCUUUCGUGCGAAGAGCUUAAUCAUUUUCCUCUCAUUUCCAUACAAACACAGAAGCACACUCACACUGUUGGCAGAUAGCUGCAUGAGAAGGUGGAGCCCUGACCAUCUGAUGCAAAUUUGGGUUCAGUGUUCGGAGCCGCAGAUAAAAUCACCAACACUACGAUUAGUGGGUGACCUGCUCUACCACAGACACGCAACAACCAAAUGAGCUGCAAGAUGGCGAGUACAGAGGUUGUGACUCCAGACUUCGCCCAGGAUAAAUCCAGUCGCAUUUAUUUAGUGACCUGGGUCAACGACCUGCUGAAGACCAACUUUAAAGAUGUGCAGGAGAUGGGUUCAGGUGCGUGUCACUGUCAGAUCAUGGACUGGGUUUUUCCUGGGUCUGUUGACAUGACCAAGGUGAAGUUUGAUGCACAAGGUGAGGAUGAGUGCAAGCACAACUUCAGUCUCCUCCAUGAGGCCUUCAGCAAGAAGGGUAUCACAAGGACCAUUCCAGUUGAGGAGCUCAUAAAAGGGGAUUUUAAAAGCAACUUUGAGAUGCUGAAGUGGUUCAAAGCUUUCUACACAGAAAAUGUCAAAAGUGAGGAAUACGACCCCGUGAAAGCUCGGCACAGCCAUGAUAUAACCCCUAUCGUGGCAUCUCCCAAAUCGCAAAAAAAAUCAGACACUAAAGAGAACAGCAAUGGAACGACCAAACCAAUACACCCUUACACCGAAAAGUGGAAGGUUAUGUUUGAUUGGGCCGACCGCAGUACCCUCGGAGAGCAGUAUACCUACUGCCGCUCUUGCGACAGGAGCCUGAGCACGUUUCAUAAAGGCAUUUUUGAACUUAGGCGACACAUGGAUACAAACAAACACAAGAAAAGGUCUAAAAUGUCCAAGAGAGCCUCUGAGCCGCUGCCCUGUAGCGACGCAGCUAUUCGCUUCAUUUACAAACACUUUUACACCGGCUCGGCAAAAGGUGAGCAGGUGUCGAGACAUUUUGCACGCUGCAAGCUGGGGUUGAAAUACCCCAAAGAUAUCACAUCUGUUUGCCAGCACACUCCUUACUGUCUAUACGUUUAUGGAGGGGUAACACUGGGAAACGAUGACACUGUCUCCGUGGUCCUUGUUGGGUUUUUUGAUGUCGAAGCCUCGCAGCACUGCAUCCGAUUUCUGGAUGCUCUUCAGUCAGUGGGUGGUGCAGGAGAUCAAACAGCAGCAGCAGUGGUGGAGACCUUGAAGAAAUUCGGGUUACCAACAGAUAAUCUUGUCGCUGUUUAUUCUGACAGCAAUGAUGCGGCCUCACAGCAGAUCUGCUCGCAGCUCAGGGAACUCAAGCCGAACAUUGUAGCCUUAGGAGGGCUGUACACCAUGGCUGAUGCUGCUUGCCAUGCUGGCGUUAAGGAGCUCUCCAAUCAGGCUCAAGGAUUGAUGGCGGAUAUCCAUGCCUACUACUCCUCUUGCUCUACUAAGAACAAGCACCUCAGGGCUCUCUUUGACUCCGACGUCAGUGCAGACAGUCCAUCAUUUCAUUUCAACACCAGCUGCCUUAAGUUCUGCCUGUUUGUUACAAAAAUCUUGGAAAUAUGGACAGAUCUCAUAUUGUACUUUAAGUCUUGUGACGAUGAGAAAGCCAAGUUAAUCUGCUCCCAGCUGCAGGAUCCCAAAGUCAGGGCAACAUUUAUGUUCCUGGAGCAGUCCCUGAAGCCUCUGCACAGUUUCCAAACACAUCUGCAGACACAGGAGGGAGCUGGCCGAGCUAAUAUUCUGCUCAUCCUAGAAGAAGCCUGUAGCCUGCUGUGCACCUACACCUCCUACUCCCAACAUCCUCAAGCUGCGAGCUCUGAACUCUGUCCGGGUGGGAAAGUUGUGGAGGACUUCCUGAAAGAGUCAGAGGCUACAGAUGCACUGCCCCUGUUAAAAGAACAUGUGUCGUCUUUCUACGUCGCACUCAUGCGUUGCAUUGCGAGGGAGCUACCUUUCGGCGAGGGGGAACUAAAGAGCAUAGCUCAGCUGCUGAACCCCCAGAGCAGGCUGAAAGUGACGGGGAAGGCGGUAGGAGAGCUUGGGACCAAGCUGGGAAUCUGCAGCUCCCCUGAGGAGGUCAAUCAGCUCACAAGUGAAUUCCUUGAGUAUCAGCUGGCCGGGGAGGGAGAGGGUGAAGAUGGAAAGAAGGAAAACUCAACAGAGGUGUCACUGGAGGAACACUGGGCCACCGUACUGAAGGACAACAAGCAGACCUCAAACUUCAGAAAACUUGUUUUGACCCUGUUGUCUCUCCCCUGUCCUCCACUUGAGCCUCAGCAGGUUUUCACUCAGGCCCUGGAGAACGAAGAUGCCGCUCUGUUCUCUGAAAGCGAAGCCUUCACUGAAAGCGAGUGUGACGUCAUGUCUGACGGCGCUCUCUCCGACAGCACCAGCAGAAAAGACUUCCAACGUCCAGCUGAAGAUGUGUCCUAUUUUCUCCCAUCCAAUGGCCUUUAUGUGACAGUGAAGCCGUGUGAAGUCCGCCUUAAAAAGAUAACUCGACAGCUGAAGAUUGACAGGAAAGGGGAAAGGGGGGAGAGAGGGGAUGACUUGCAGCAAAGGGCAACAGAGCUAAAGAAUGAACACUGUGACUUGUGGAAAGAGGGGACCAGUAGGGGGAGUUUUGGCUGGGAGAGCAGCUUGCGCCAGAAGCCACAGGCCCGUACAGUGUUUCAGGCUGGUGCUAACAACUGGUCCAAGCCCAUAGAUCUUGAUAAGGACAACCAAAAGGGUCCGGAGUCUCAAGUUGAGGUGAAAGAAGAGACAUCACCGUCCAGUAAACCAUCACCAAGAGGACGACGGAAACAUGUUUAUCAGGAUGGUAAAGGGUUUCCGACCGGAGAACUUGUGUGGGGGAAAGUGAAGGGGUUCUCCUGGUGGCCUGGGAUGGUGAUGCCUUGGAAAACCAAGACGGCCCCGCCGGGUAUGCGGAGGGUGGAGUGGUUCGGAGACGGGAUGUUCUCAGAGAUCUACACGGAGGGUCUUCAGGCUUUCAGUGCCUUCACCAAGUGCUUCUGCAAAAAUUCCUUCGCCAGUUUGCCCACCUACAAGGAAGCCAUCUUCCAGAUUAUUGAGUUGGCAGGUGAGCGAUGUGGAAAGUCUUUCGCUGAGGCGAAAGAAAAUAAAGAAAAGGAGCUGAAGCUGAUGCUGGACUGGGCUUUUGAAGGAUUUCUACCUACAGGACCUGAAGGAUUUGUACCUCCUGAUGCUGCUGCACAUCAAGAUUCUUCUGACUCCUCUGCCCUGUCUGACUGCCAGCCUCCAGCAAAAAGGAAAUAUGUUUUAAAAAAUAAGGCAGCUGCACAUGCCAUUACCUAUAGCAGAGAAUCAAUUAGAGAAAAUGUCAAAGAGAAAGGCAAAACAAUUGAAGAUUUUUGUUUGUCUUGUGGAUCAUCUGAGCUUGAAGUCAGGCACCCGUUGUUUGAAGGUGGUCUUUGUCUAAAAUGCAAGGACAACUUCAUAGAGACGCUGUAUCGCUACGAUGAAGACGGCUACCAGUCGUAUUGCACCGUGUGCUGUGCCGGCUCAGAGGUCAUUCUGUGCGGCAACGCCAGCUGCUGCAGAUGUUUCUGUAAAGACUGCCUGGACAUCCUGGUGGGCCCGGGAACCUUUGACAAGCUGAAAGAUGUUGAUCCCUGGAGCUGCUACAUGUGCGACCCUUCACAGUGUGACGGAAACCUCAAACUCAGACCGGACUGGAGGGUUAAAGUUCAAGACUUCUUUGUCAACAACAGCGCACUGGAGUUUGAGCCUCACAGAGUUUACCCGUCUAUCCCCGCUGAUCAGCGCAGACCGAUCAAGGUGCUCUCGCUCUUCGACGGCAUUGCAACAGGAUACCUGGUGCUCAAAGACCUGGGCUUAAAGAUGGAGCGCUACAUUGCUUCGGAGAUUUGUGAGGAUUCGAUCGCUGUGGGGAUGAUCAAGCACGAGGGAAAGGUCGAAUACGUCAAUGAUGUUCGUACCAUCACGAGGAAACAUCUUGCUGAAUGGGGCCCAUUUGAUCUUCUGAUUGGAGGCAGUCCGUGUAACGACCUGUCCAUGGUCAAUCCUCUUCGAAAAGGAUUAUUUGAGGGCACUGGAAGGCUCUUCUUUGAGUUCUACCGCAUAUUGACCAUGCUGAAGCCGAAAGAGGACGACGACCGUCCGUUCUUCUGGUUGUUUGAGAACGUGGUUUUCAUGAGUGCCAACGACAAAUCGGAUAUCUGCAGAUUCCUUGAGUGUAAUCCAAUUCUUAUCGAUGCAGUGAAAGUCAGUCCUGCUCACAGAGCGCGCUACUUUUGGGGAAACCUCCCUGGGAUGAACAGACCUCUGGCUACAGCUCUAGAUGACAAAGUGGCGCUCCAGGAUUGUUUGGAAGUCGGACGCAAGGCAAAGUUUGACAAAGUCCGCACCAUCACGACAAAGUCUAACUCUAUAAGACAGGGCAAGAUGGGGCCACUACCCGUCAACAUGAAUGGAAAGGAGGACUACCUGUGGUGCACCGAAAUGGAACAGAUCUUUGGCUUCCCCAAACACUACACGGACGUGAACAACAUGGGCCGGAUGCAGAGGCAGAAAGUCCUGGGUCGCUCCUGGAGCGUCCCUGUUAUCCGUCACCUCUUCGCUCCGCUGAAGGAUUACUUUGAAUGUGAAUAGCGACUGUGAACACAACAUUCGGUAAAAAAAACCUCCUGCCUUAUCCUGCCCUGCGUCACUGGGUAGUUCAAACUCUCCUGUUUCAUUUGGCAUUUAAUGUUUUAACUUUUAGAAACGAAUCCUGUGAGUUCUCAGUCGUCCACUAUCACCAGCAGGCACCGACACUUUUCAGUUUUAAGGUUUAUUUCUUUCAGGUCUCUUUUGAUAAAUGAUGGUGCUGUUUUCAAACCAUACUGUCGCUCAGAACUCGAGCCUGAAUCACGAGCCGUUCUCAGAAGGUUAGCCGGCUAUCUUUCGGCUUAACUCAGGUUUUCCAGGGUCACAAAGCUGGUUUACUUUUAAUAAAUCACCAUGGUAACCUGCUGUGAAAAUACUGAGUUUACAAUGAAGUGAUAAAAGUUGUAAUAGAGACAUUUUUAUACAUCAGUAGAAUAACAGCGAUAAGCCAAGUGACCCAAAGAGAGACUUUGAGUCACAGCUUUUUUUUCUCCUGUAUUUAAUGAAUGUACUUUAUGUUAACUUUCCUCCUACAUUGUCGGUAUUUUAUAUAGUUUUAUUGUAUAAUCUUACCAGGGAUUUUAAAUCUGAUCUAAUCGUUAGCUGUGAUUAAUUUCUAUGACUGAAUCCCUCUAGACAAUUUUUUUAAUCUGCUUUUUAAAACAUUUUUAAUCCAAAUUACAUUUCACCUCACUGUGGUGCACCGGUGAUUUUCUCCUCAUUGGAUCUGCACAUUUUUAUCUGUUUUAAUGAAAAGCUAUUUAUGCAAGAUAAUGCAAAAUAUCAUGUUUCUACAAACAUUCAAACUGCCCUGAGUGUGAGUAUUAGUGUAGUAAGAACACUACUGCAGAGGUCUGACUUUAAACAUAAUGUGCAGUGUCUGCUAACAUUGGACUCUCGUACCUUAAAGGAUCAUAACGAUGGUUUUGCACAUUUCCUCCCCUUAAUAAUAAAGUUUCUAUACCUGUCUAAAUCUAUAACUAUCUUUUACAGCGCACUAUAAGCUACACACUACUUUGUUUUAGUGUGAAAGAACUUUUAUUACUAUAAAAACAAGAACAACAUGUAUCUUCAAACAAACAAUGAAUACUGUAAGAACAAGAUACUAAUUAAAACUUAGUAUCUCAAUAUAACUUACUUACAGUAUACUACAGUUUGUUUUGUUUUAGGAUUGCUGUUAAUAACCAAAAUAAAAAUAACAGAAAUAAUGAAAAAACUAUCAAAUAAUGAUAAUAAAAUAAUGUUUAAGAAUUAAAACAACUACCUAAAUAAAAAUAGAAAUUGAUGAGAAACCUAAUUUAUAUAAUAUAAAAGGUGAAUAAUCACUUUAAUAAAUCAUUGAGGCCGAAAUAUAUUGAGGCAUUCGUCUUUAAAAUCCAAAAUAUUCAAAGUCGACUAAUUUCACCCCAUCGGGAGGGUUGAUGACAUUAACGAUGGCGGCUUUUUAAAAUUGCAGAUCACCAUCACGUUGCCAUGGUGAUAAAGGCUUUUUAACUCGACCUUUGAACUUUUAUAGCUUCAUCACUGUCAAAUCAGUUCAUCUUGGACUUAAUAAUUUCAGUUUUUCCAUCAAAAUAAUUUAUCUAGUUAUUGAAAAAUAAAAAUGAAAUUACAGUAACUGUGUUUUACAGCCAUUUUAUAUAUUUUGGGGGAUUUUGACAUCCGAUGACUUCACCUAAAUUGUGCCACGGCCAAACAAUUAAUCGAUUAAUCGAGGAAAUGAUCGUCAGAUUAGGCAGUAAUUGUUAUUUGCAGCCUCACAUGUAAGAACUUGUGUUUUCUUUAUGCAAACAUACACACAAAACCACUGUUAUGGUCCUUUCAAUCUCAGCGAGAUACAACCCUUGAGUGUAAUAUCUGUUUUUGUUUUCUAAGUGCCGGUUUGAUCUUUUUUAAAUUCUUUAAUAAAACAUCUGUUGUACUGUCGUUAGCUUUAACAGUUAAGUUUGAGUCACUGUUGGUUCUCCUGUGGUGGAGCACACUGUAUUGAGUCUCCUCACUGCCUCGUGUGCAGUUACUCAGACGUUUAUGACGAACAGGCCUGCGGUUGAAACGUGUUCUGAUGUGGUCGAAACUUUUACCUCAAUGAUUGUUUGUUUAGGACUUCAUGGUGCUACACUAACGGUGCUAACUGUGCACGUACUGUUCAGUUUCUGGUUCUGUCUCUUUUGUAUUGUUUUACCUCCGCCUUUAAGCGACGACCUUUCUUGUAGAAUUUUGUUGUUUAAUUGUGUGUGUGUGUGUGUGUGUGUGUGUUUUUUUUUUUUUUUUAAAGAUAUUGAUGUAGAGAAAUAUUAGUGUGAUGUGUAACCAAAAGGCAAGUCAGGAUAGCGUGCCUGGUGUUGACUGUUUUUUCUUUUAUUUCUAUCAGAUCCUGAUUAAUUUAGCUUUGCUGAGCCGAAAUAUCCAGUUUUGACUUGUUUUAUAUCUUUGCCAUGACUAAUAAAACCCAGAAAUUCAGUACAAA